UAGUCGUUGGAACGCUUUCGAGCAGUGCGGUAGCAUCGUCCUUCCGGUAGUUGUGACGACAGUGUGCGAAGACGCGUGUCUGUCUGUAGUGUACCAAAAGCCGCGUGACGGUAUUCGAUUUUUUUGUGUGUAUAUUUUACUCUCUGUCUCGCUACGAUAGUACGCGCCGGGAUUUCCGUUUAACACGGAUGCGCCACACGACACGCGGCCCGGUUUUACAAGCGUGUGUAGGUGUGUAAGCAAAUGUUUGGCAGGCAUGGGAAAGCCUCUAGCGUAGAUUCAGUUAUGCACGCCUGAGCAAGGACAUUGUUGUUUAUAGUUGGUGCGCUAAGAACGUUCGAUGUGCAGUUUUCGAUUUGUGGUACGCAAAAAAUGGUGAUUUGCAUUGCACAAAACUUUAUUGUUUUCAGUAAAAUGAUCAAUCCUACGCCUAUUAUUCAUUAUAUCUCGUGUGAUUUUAAAGUGAAACGGUAAUGUAAAAACAUCAAUAGACAAAUCGAAUACGAGUAAAGUAUGUAAUCAGAAUCAAAACUCAUCUGCUGAUGGCAUUUAUUUAGUUUUUUUUUAUUUAUCAAGAUGAUAUUAUGAAAACGGUAAAAGGUUACGAUAAACAUAGCUCUCUUCGCGAAGGGUAAACGGUUUGUACGGGAUGGGAACUGAUCGCAAGAUAACGUAUGCGGGGCACGAGCGAGAGAAGCACAUCAAAAGAAAGCGAGAGAACCGAUCAGAUGAUGAUUGUUGAUGCUACUUACGCUGACGGUGCUAUCUAAUUAUAGCGUUAAAAAAACGGAAAUUUCUUUCGAAAAACCUUGCCUUACCACUUUGGGGUGAGGCGGAGGAGAAUGGGUUAAAAUGAGGUGGAAUGUGUAAUCCGGAGGGAUUGAAAGAGAAUGCAAAAAAAUAUGCGAAAGUGACAACAAAACAAGUGUUUGUGGGCAACACCAAAUGUGAGUGUGCUGCGAUUGUUGAAAUGCUUCAUUUUGCACCGAAAAAUAGUCAACGUGUGUACUUAAGGCGGGUGAUGCAUUGAGCUGGCUGCAGUGAAAUGGUCCGAAAUUUCGCCAAUUGUUUUUGCGAUGUGUGUCAAUCGUUCAAUUACAAUCUUUUACACAAGCUGUCAGAUAAAAGUGUCCGCUACACGAACGGAGGUUAACGUUAAAUUGUCGUCGCCUACUUGCAGUGUAUAGUGAAAUUCGUUUCAGUUUCAGUUACAGAAAAUCCUGCAUUCUGGCUCACACGGUUUGGCAGUUGUUUAAGUUCUUCUAGUACGAUCAAUGUUAACAUCACUGUAUUAGAAUAACAUAUAGAAAGGCUUUUUUCUGUAGCACUUUUGUGUACAUUUGGCGUGAAAGAGGCAGCGUUUAAGUCACUGGUGAAGGUGUAGUGAAUCUUUUAGGGGAAACAACAAAUCCGACCAAAGUGUUAUUAGUGUACAGCUUCAGAACGAUAUGCAGUAGCCGACAUCGGACAACCAUCGGAAUCCAUCGUGGAAGAGAGGAACGCCUAGAAUGAUCAGUACGGAUCGGCACGUGCCGGAUCUGUCACUGACCACCAGCCGGAUCCUUCCGUUGCGUCUCCACCAAAGCCUCCGUCAGUACCGUCCAGUUACCAGCACCGUCUGUUGGUACCCGUACAAGACCGGCAGCUUCGCAACAAGAUGAGUGACAAGCUAACCGGUGGACGGUACAACCGUAUCAGUCCAUCCUCGGGCCGGGGGUCCAUUAUCGCUUACUCGCCACUGCCGAAAUCGGAGCAGGAUUGCCUUCAGGCGCCCGGGAACAACUGUCUGGCGAUACCAUUGUCCGCGAUCCAGACGACGGCCGAUCACAGCACCAUCACGGGCCAUCACGGGCCACAUCCGGUCAAUCUGACGCACGCUAACUCGUUGCCGGUGGUCGGUGGCAUUGGUGGCGUUGGAAUACCCGGCAAACUACCGAACGCCGGCCACGGACUAAUCGGUCACGGUGACGGACAAAAACAUGCUGCCAAUCAACACCACAACAAUGGGAACAACAACAACAACAACAACAACAAUGCGAAUCAUAAUUCCAACGAGCUUCGCUGCACGCCCAUUUCGGGCUUUACCUUACCCCCACAAACGCCACCCACCACGUUCUCUGACAUGGAUGCACCUAUGCAACCGCUAGUAGACCGUAGACCCUCCGCGUCUAUGAUGAAAUGGGGCCCAAUUGCCGUUAACCGACGGGUACCCGAAGUGCCCACUGCCAGGCAAGUAAGCUUCGGAGGACAACCGGGCAGCGGUGGGUUCGUUAGUUCCCGCAGUGAACCGAUCUCGCUGGCUACACUGGAUAAGGACUGCUUUAUCAUUCCGGUCCACAGCCUGGACCGCUUCCUGCCGGCAGGAAUUCCGCUUCCAACGCCGGAAACGGCUGACCCAUCGCAGGUCGGGCCGCUCAGUGUGCUCGAGGUGUCCGAUCCGAAGAUCUGCAUCCUAGCCCACCUAAUGAGCCCACUGGAACCGAUCGAUCCGCUACUAGAAUCCCCACUAGCCCAUCCGCUGAUGAAGCAGCGUGCCGUUGCGUCCGAGUUGCUGAACGAGGUCCAGCAGGGUAAUAAUGCCGUUGGCGGAAUGCUGCUCGCCAACAUGGAGCGAAGUUCCGCUGAGUUUCCCUUCAUCGCUUACUAUGUGAUAAACACUACGCAAACCGAUCCCGCCAUGUUCUACACGGGUGUGCGCGGUGCCUCACUGUCCAAGUUUGAACCGAAAAAUACGCGCUACACAGCAGCCCACACACUCGAUCUGUACAGUGAGGUAGCGUCCAUCUGUAGACCACCGUUGGCACUAGCCCCGAAUGAGAUAGGCAGCGUGAAAAAGGGCCAAACGCCAUCCACCGGAUACAUCAUUAGUGUCUACAAGGUGUACGAAGGCGAUGAUGGAGAACGUUUCGAGCGGAACUGGCUCUACUGGACCGGUGCCAGGAUGAUUUACAGGUACCUUCCCAAAACGGCCGGACUAAGAAGAAUAACGCUGCACAAAAGUGUUUCCUCCCGGGGCGACAAGAUGUAUCUGCUUCUGUGCGAAUGUGCCGACCUGCUCAAGGAUCUGUCCGCGGCUGCCCUGUUAAUACCGGCGCUAAGGGCACGAUUAUGUGGCUACACGGGGCUGUACCGGCCAAUUCAAACGUUCUGAACGUCUUUAAUUUGCUUGACACACCUGCAAUCAAACGUCGGAUGCGUCUGUUGAACAAAUUCAAACCCAAGGCAAGAAACACGGUUGUGUAAGCAUGAACGUAGGUAAGUAAAAUUCACUCGCCAGAGCUCACAUAUGAUGCUCGUAUUAUAAACUUCAUCCUUGUGCUGAGCAAAUGCGAAAAUUAAAUUAGGCGUAGAUAGUGCGACGAAACGCUGUACGCGUGUAACAACUAAACUACUUUUACUAAGUAAAGCAAACAAAAAACUAGAAAUUGAUAGAAUUUGAAACUUAAAAAUUGCGCCACUAGUCACACACUCACACAUCGGUGAGUACGAAAUGCAAGAAAGAUAUAACUUUUCAAAAACUCGUCACACAUAAAUAUACUUGCGCUUUGUGGAAUAUACUGUACAAAAUAACGAUAACGAGUCAACGCAAUCGAAACCGCUUCGAACCAAUGUGUAACAUAAUUUGCCUAUUCUCAGGCUUUUAAGAACAAAUUAUACCAACAACAAAAACACACACAAACACAUGUAUGAAGCAAAAGCUCGUGGAAAGGUCACUACGAAAUACCACAUAAACAACAAACAAAAAAAAAACGCCGUGCCAGUAGAAUAUAUUCAAAAUGUACCGUCGUUUGCUGAUAAAACAGUGAACACUUACUGCCAACGUUGGCCGCCCGGGGGGACGUUAAUAUCCGUUUGAUAUAGACACCGAUGACAUAACAGCGUUAGCAUAAGCUCUAGUAUCUAUCGAUGCGCCAAACAAAAAAAAAUGAAACAACAGAGACACACGACACUUAUCAAAACAACCACCAGGAGAAUGAGACCGGUUUCACACGACCGUAAUGGGAUACAAUCAUGCUGCUGAUUAGUUCAUAUUUACAUAAGCGUCUUUUUCCAUAUACAACGAUGAAUCGAUAACCGGAGCACGAAACAAAUGCAACCCCCAAAAAACAAACAAAAAGUUUGCUGUACAGUACAUAAAGUAUAACCUUAAAUUCGUUUAACUGAACGAAGACGAACGAUAAUUUAUGAUGAUGUAUUUAUUAUGUAACAUUCGAAUGUAGACUACAGGGCGUCAAAUUCCUUUCCAAUUUGUUACAAGUGGUUCAUUUUUACACCUUACCCAUUCAUAAAUGCUCAAACACUUUUAAAGAGUUUAAGACACAAUUGCAUCGAGUAAAUCGAGCUAACAGUUUUAAAAUGCUGCGGUCCAAAAUUGUUAUGGUUUUUGCGAUACUUUCUUACAGCGAGUAAACCAAAUCAUAAUAAUCUGUUCUUUAAGCAAUUCUUACUACCUACAAGAUGCUUUAACGAUGUUGUAAAACAGCACGAUCGAGCUAGUGCUACCUACGGUAGAUAUGGAAAUUAAUUGAUGAAAGCACUGUUUAAAACCAGUGAUAAACGAAACCAAAACACAAAAUUAAUACAGUCAAACAAACAAUUGCAUUAGCAAACUAUUAACCUAAGGUAAAAGUGCUAAGUAGCUAAGAGCGAACAACAGAAUAAGCUUCUCUAAGAGAAACAGACAUUAUGUUUUGGUUAAAAGAAAUGCAGUAAAUAGGAAAACUAUCGCAAAAUUAGAAGUAAGAAGUUUAGGAGAAAAAAGGACAUGGAAAUACAAAAAAAGAAUAAAAGAAUGAAUAUAUUUAUAAUGCUUCCCGAAUGUGUAAUAUGAAAACAAGCGAAUCCUUGCCACAAGAAAAAAACUAAAAUAAAAAAAAGAAUAUACUUAUCGUUACCACAAAACGUCUCUAGAUAAGCUAACAAAGUAAUAAGAGCGAAAAGAUUUAAAAGCGUACCGGAAGCGAACAUCUAUCGACACAUGUAGCAAACUAAUGGAAAGAUAUAAUGAAGUUGUAUAGCCAACCUAUUGAUUGAAGAUUUUUAUAACCGAUUUCAAAUUCCCCAAUUUUACUAGACCAUAGCAAAACUAUAUUAAAACUGUAAGAAUGGUAUAUGCGCAUCUACACCAGUUAGCGUACUAUUAGCGUUGAAGGGUUCGUCAUUCAAAAUCAGCCGAACUUUGCUAAACAAAGGCGAAUAAUCGAAACGAAGAAAAACAAACACAUCGUCGAUUGAGAAGCAAACCAGAGCAACAUAUAAAUACGCUUAUAUACAUAAAUGCCAUACACCUCUCUUUUUUUAGUGCUUUAGAAUAGCGAAAUCUUUAGCCCAUCUUCUGAAAUAGAGCAGACUUGUAGUGUACAGGUGCAAGCUCGUAAGCUUCUCUUGAAACGGUCUUACAAAACUUUUGUAACGACGUACAUAUUUAAAGCCACUCGAGACCAACAGGCGCGUUAGGGGUUUAUUUUCGAACAAGAUCGACAAAACCAAAUGUGUAGCUUUACACAUUUUCUUCUCUCAUGAUCGCAUAUGUCUGCUGGCUGAAAAAAAAACAUUACAACAUCAAACGGACCCGGUCAAGCGAAAAACAAAAAUGGUGGUACAAUCGUCACCGGAACGACGCUAAAACAUGAAAACAUAACCGAAACGAGGCAAACUAAAAAAAACUAAUUUCAAAGAACGCAAAAAAAGAACUUUCUACUAAUCGCUUGUAAAGCAUAUAGCAAAGCAAAAGAAAAAACCGACAAGCAUCGGUUCCCCCUUGGGACAAGCUAUGUAAUGAUGGAUCAAUAGAGGCAAAAAGAGAUUGCAGACAAGAAAGACGGUGGAAAGGAUUCAGCAUCCAGACGGGAAUGAACAAAAACAAAAAAGAAACACUUUAAAAACUUGCAAUGCUGUGAUACUGAUAAAUUUUAAUGAUGUUAAUUAAAUCUAAAUGCUGUUGCUGCUGUCGCUGGCACCGCCAUUGCUAACUAACACGUUCGUUCGUUCACGAUCCGGAACAAGGACACGGCAUUUGAAGAAAAGCGUAAUGCUUUGAAAGGUUCAAGAUUUUUUCUUUUAAUCACCCAACGCUCAAGAAACUUACUUCCUCUUGUUGUUCCUAUUGCUCCCAUUCGUUUGGCAGUACUUUUAAUUACACGUUAUCUCAAAUCAUUUUAAAGGUGGUGAAAUUUUUAUUUUAAUUAAAUUUACUUCAAAUGGCUCCCGAGCACCACCUGCUAACUCCCAUUAUUAUCCAUUUUGUCGCAUUAAAUUUAUCGUAAAAAGGUUUUUUUUCUGUUUUUACGCCAACAAUAAUGUGUACGCUUUCACUUUUCGGGGAGGAAAAAACAAAAGCAAAUAUGCCCGAAAUUGAUAACACAAACACAUCAAAGAAACGGAACAAAACAGCUAAGGAUUAUUGUACAAGCGCUCACAAACUAGUAGAGAAAAGUUGAUCGAAUGAAAAUAAAGCAGCAUAAAAGAUACAAUAAACAAAACCAUUUUUCCUC